AUGUCUCUCUCAUCAUUCAUCACUGCAACCUUGGCUGCUACGUCAGCCACUAAGCCCUUCUUCGGCCACGGGCCCGUGGUCAUCUCAACCACCCUUCCUACUAUCACCCCAACACCAACACCAGCACCAGCAACAGCAGCCCCGGUCAAGAGGCACGACUACGAGGGCGACUACUCGAGUCCAUACUUUUGGACCAGCACGGUAUCGGCAUGCGCCUGCGCCCAAGAGGCAUGCUGCCUCACAGAAAGCAACUGGGUUGCAAGCACCUACUCAAUGUGGAUGCCGGCCCUGAUCUGGCCUCAAGAUAAGCAUAUGGUUGCCUCUGGUGCUAUUGCGACUCCCGCGCCAGUGGAGACAACGCCGGGCCUCGUCGUGCCCAAUCCAACCUCGGCUGCUGUUGACAGCCAAAAGUCAACGCCCUCUGAACUGCCACCAAGACCCGCACCUUGGACCUGUGGCUGCUCCGGACUCGACGCGUGCGGCAAUCAUUGCUGUUCUUCCGACUUCGGUACUUGCGACCUCGAUCGCAAGAAGUUGCCGAGCACACUGUCGACGAAGACAGUGAUCAAGUCUCCAGUCGUGGAGCUGAACGCGCCGACAAUUGUGCCUACUCUAAACGAUGGCGUGGACAAGUACGGCGGUAAUAGCAGCAAAGUGUAG